CGAUUGAGUAUUUUAUAUUUUGCUCGGCUAUGUAUAAUUGUAUAUAAGUCAAAAUUCUCCGAUAAAUACUUUUGUUAUAUCUUAGAAGAUUGCCCAAAGUAACAUCGUAAAGCUUUUAGGUGAGUAACCGUGCAUGCCUUUUUAAUAAUAUCGAUUGUCUGUUCAUAAUUAAUAUUAUCUACAACUGUAUCUGUAUGGGAUGUCAAAAUUUUGUUUACAUAUAUGGUACAUUUUAUAUAUAGUCACAGCAUUCAGAAUUAUUAUGUUACGUUAAAAUGUUGUUAUAAUGUUGCACUUAAUAGUCACAGGACAUGUUAGGAUUAUAGGAUUGCUUCAUAAGCUGAGUUAAAGUUAACAAAAUUUCUUUACAGAUUGUAUGUAUUUUUUUCAUUUAUCACACAUUUAUAAAUGUGGGUACAGUAUUUAUACCUCGGCAAUUUUGUACCAAUUUCAUACAUAACUCUUAUUCUGUUUUUAUUAUAAACAAUGCUGGCUUUCUGACUGAUCUGACAGUUGAUUGCGGUGGAGAAGAGACUGCAAUCGGAACAUUCUUUGUCAUAUCAAAUAUAAACAAAGUGACUAUACUGCCAGCAGCCGGGUAUUUAGUAAACUGCCGGCUAUAUACUGACUAUAGUUAAAUAUAAAAAACACUUUUGUUUGUGCUAGCUUUUACUGAUCUUGCCGUUAGAGUAUACGGUAUAGGCGCUGCGUGCGGAAAGUGAAACGCCGGUUGGGUUGGGUUUUGUCUGACUUAGCUUUUUUUUCUUAGUCACUAUAUAGCCAACAGUUUACAAAAUAGCCAGCUGUAUAGUCACUUCGAAAUAUAAAUGUUUACUAAUAAUUGUGAAUGAAAUUUUUUUCAUAGCAACUAUGGAAUUCCUUUGCGCAGAUACAUGUACGCCUAGCGCACCUAUCUUUUGUAUUCCUUGUUACCUGCAUUGACACUAAACAUAUAUUUCUUAUACGCAAGACACUGUAGUAUUUUAAUAUAGCACGCAUUGUCUUUUUAGCUUUUACUCUUUAGCAAUGCUGCUCAGCUAAUGGAAGAAGACAAAGUUGUAGAUGAGGUGAAUGUAUGUCAUGUUUGCAAUGGAGAUGUAAUGCCCAUUCAUGUUUGACUUGCCACCGCUUUAUCCAUAUUUUUUGUGGUACUCAACAAGGCGAAGAAGGCUAUGGUCAGAAGUCUAUCUGCAAAGAAUGUAACGGUAUAUAUCAGUAACAUUCCUUACGUAAUUAAAAUGACGUAAUUUGUCAUUUUGUGGCGUACCAAAGGGCAAACCUAGAGUCGGUGGGCACCACAGGUGGCCCCACCGAUUAAUUAAACUGCAAAUAUCACUGUCAAACUGGGAUAAGAUCUGAAGCAAGCACUAAGGUUACAUAUCCGCUUCAUACAACAGUUCGUCGUCUAGAACUCUCUGAUUUCAACAUUCGCUGUGAAAAUGAAGACACUUAUAGCAGGCUUUUUUGCUUUGGCGUAAGUAUAUAACUACCAUACAAUGUAGUUAACAAACCAGUAACUUCUCACUACAUGCAACUGCACAAUUUACCAGGGGCCGGUUGUAUCAAGCCCGUUUAGCUUAAACGGUGGAUAAGUCAAAAUUAAAUAACACUCUUAUGUCUUUCGUGAAUCAGUCAACUUAAAUAUUCUGCGCUGAAUAUAUAGUUGUAAACAUUAUCGUUCCAUUAAUGUUCAAAACUUUUAGUUUGGUUGUUUAAUGAAUCUAUAGACUUGCUUUCUAUUUUGAGCUUAACCACCGUUUAAGCUAAACGGGCUUGAUACAACCGGCCCCAGGAGUAUAUGUGCUAUAUUACUAAGUCAAUUUAUAGAGCGUAUAUAUUAUCAUAUUGCGUCGUAUUAAUUGUUUAACACUUCAGGACAAACGAAAGUUUACGAAAAGUACUAUCUUCUUAUCUUUUUGUUAAAGGUUUCUAACCCAGACGCAGCUAUCUACUGCUCAUAGAGCAAGAAGAGGUAGGGACAUUUUGUAGGUAGCUAUAAGAGUUGUCAAAUUGGAUAACAGUAGAAUUCCGACUUCUGCGCUUCGUAAAAUUCUCGUUUGAGGGCCUAUGAUCGACACUUUGGAAUGCUUUAUAGAUCCUUGCUUCUGACAAUAGAAUCGAAAGUAGGAGGAUCAUAGAGAAUCUAAAUUGACUAAAAAGUAAAUAGAGAAUAAUACAUGGGAGCGCGGAAAUACCAGAUUUAUUCACAGGGGGUCCAACUAACAGCUGUGUUAUGAAUAAAACAUAUUAAUUAAACGUAAUAUGGGUGAAACAUCAUAACGUAAUAUUGCACUUACUUGUAUAAAUCAUAAGAGCUUGCAUUUUAAUACAGUGAAUAGCUUCAAAAACUUGCCUCUGCUUCGUUCCAAAGACUUCAAAUAUGGCGAAUAAAUUGACAAAACGAUAAUAUUACAUGACGUUCCAACGAAAAUAACAGAAAGGAUUGCGGGCGCGAGCGGAAGGCGAGGGUAAUAGAUAUUAAUAGAAGGGAUGAAACACCGGUAAUGCGAUCGUGUGAUGUGUUCCAUAAGUAGCCUGUUCUCUCGGAAAAUUCCAAAACGCCUCCUGCCAACUCCAACAACGCCUACGCGCUUAAUUAAUGAAAAUAAACAAUGUUUAGCUAUACCGGCUAAUAUGAAAUGUUUAAAUGUAGCGACCAACGUUUUUUUUUUGCAUUAUUUAGUUUUAGUAUAAAUUUUGCAUAUCAAAUGAGCUUUCGCGCGUUCUGAUUGGCUAGUUGACUAGUAAAUCUGAGGCAUUAUUUACCACCUGGGUAGUAAAUAAUGCUUUUCAAAAAGAAUGAUUCGGCAAAUUUGGUUUCAAAAUCGACAAAAUAUUGAAAAAAUCGUCCCAGAAAAAGAAAAAAAGCACAAAAUGUUGUAUUUAACUUGAAAGGUAGGAUUUAGUAUUAUAUUACUGUGUCAAACAUAUUCACGGACAAUUUAAAACUUAUUUAAAACUCCGAAACAUUCGCUUCAAACGUAAAUCUGAAAUGGCAAAAAAUAUCCCGACUUUUGGGAAAAGCCGUGAUAUUCUUUUUAAAACAAUUUUGUUUUGUAUCCUAUAAAUAUCUCAAUUUGUACGAUACUAUUUCUUUUGACUAUGUCGUAUUUUCAUUGUGCUGUAUGGUGUCCUUUCGCUGUAUUGUACUAUUUGUGUUUUUAAAACUUGUAAAGUGAAAAGUGUAUUAAAACUUUUAUAUUAAUUCGAACGAUAUAGUUUUACAUUUCAUUUUACCAAAUUUCUCAGCCAUUUCCUGAACAAAUUAAUGCUAAACAGAAACUAUUUUUUAAUUCUAAGUCUGGUAAAAAAGUCAUCCAUCAUUGUGUUUAUAUUCUAAGCAGAAAUCGAGAAAAAUAACUUUGUAAUAAAGCAAUAAAGUCGCACAGGAAGCCAUUUUGAAAGCGUGCGUGUACAAGAAACACUGCAACACUAAACCGUAAACCGGUCGAAAACAGUUUUAUUUCUGAAUUUUAAUUAAACUUAUAGUUGGAUAUCUUGGAUAUUUUGUUUUAUUCAUUAAAAAUUUAUACUAAAACAAUUAUUCGCCUCAGGCUCAGUGAUUACGGUGAAUAUUCACCUCGACUUCGUCUCGGUGAAUAUUCACCGGUAAUCACUUCGCCUUCGGCGAAUAAUUGUUAAUUAUUAUUAUUUCGUCAUACGUCACGAGAACAGGCUACUUAUGGAACACAUCUCGCGAUAAUGGCCAAGAAUGCUCGCUGUUAUAAAUCACAUAAAUUAGAUUGAUCAGUGCUUUUUUGGUAAUGACUAGGCUUGUUCAUAUAAGAGAACAUCGACUGAGCCUUACAGUGCGUCUACUGUAAGUGGGGCCACUUAGAGAACACUAACCAAUCACAUUGCAGAACAGAAAGUGAAAAAAUCAACAAACGGCGCAUUAGCCAAUCAGCAUUAGGGCAAAAACAAUUCGAACAAAUAAACGAAUGUCAAACGGUAAAAAUAGACAUGUAAAAGUAACCAUUGCAGUUAAUGGCUUCCUGAAUCUUUCUUUUGAUUGGACGAGCUUUAGUUUGAUUAGAUUUUUCUUUCUGUUCUGCAAUGCGAUUGGUUAGUGUUCUCUAAGUGGCCCCACUUACAGUAGACGCACUGUAAAAACCCCACAAAAAGCUUAAACGGAUAGUCUAGAAGCAUUUUAAAAAGUCACGUGAUAUUUGUUUCAUCCCUUCUAUUUAUUUCUUUCCUCGCCUUUCCGCUCGCGCCCGCAAUCCUUUCUGUUAUUUUCGUUGGAACGUCAUGUAAUAUUAUUGUUUUGUCAAUUUAUUCGCCAUAUUUGAAGUCUUUGGAACGAAGCAAGUUUUUGAAGCUAUUCACUGUAUUAAAAUGCAAGCUCUUAUGAUUUAUACAAGUAAGUGCAAUAUUACGUUAUGAUGUUUUAUUCAUAUUACGUUUAAUUAAUAUGUUUUAUUCAUAACACAGCUGUUAGUUGGACCCCCUGUGAUUUAUUUCGAGUGUUGAACAUGAUAUCAUACAGGCAUACUCUGGCGCCCGGAAUUUUGGGUUUUCUGAUUAUGCGUGUCCCCAAGUCAGAUGCACAGCGGAGUAUAAUGGCUGGUUUCCGGUAUAUACUUCAUUUAACCCUUAGUAUAUACCUCAAAGGCAAAGCACAACAAAAAAUACCGUCAUGUCGGACCUUAAGGUCGAUAAGGGACUGACCAUUAUUUUUUUGGAGGGGGGGGUGGACAUUUCGUCAACGCAAACAAUUUUUUUUGGUGUUGUUGUCGUUGCAAACAAUUUUUUUGCGCCUGCUUCCUUCUGCAAACAAUUUGUUUUUGUCCAUCGAUUGAACAUGUGGUGUUGUUGUCAGAAGUAUAAAUUUAAUAUAUAAACAGACAUUUAAUAGUUUUUUUAGGUAUACUGGUCAGGGCCUUUUUAAGGAUUUUCCCACGGGUGAGGGGGGCAUUUUUUGAAAAGGUACCCUUCUGUGAGAUAAUAUAUUAGAGGGGGAUAGGAAUGGCUGAAGGUCACAGGGUUUGGGGGCAUAUUCCCCCAGAAAAUGUUUGAAAUUUGAAGCCCAGAAAUGCCAUUUCCUCCAUUCUGAGCAUUUAAAUUUACUCUAAAAUUUAUGCUAAGUAUACACACAAAAAAUUAAAAAAAAAUAAAAAAAUAAUUAACAAUAAUUUAUCAUUACUUAGUGGUAAAAAACGUAACAAUUUAAAUCGAUUUUGUUAAACAAGGGUAAAGCCUAAAAUUUACUUUUUGUUGAUCAAUUUGUUAUUUUUUGCUGGUUUCUUUGUAUAAAUUUAGGAAAAAGGGACUUUUCCUUGUGGGGGGAUGUGAUUUUGUGGGGGGCAUAAGGGGGACAUUUGCCCCCACCGGCUUGUAUGUUAGAAAAGGCCUUGAUAGUGGUCCUCUCAUUGUUUAUGCUACACAAUGUCUUACACCAGUACUUUUUUGAAAUGAUUUAUUUUAAAAGAAUAUAAAAACUAUUUGUUAACAAAGCAAUAUCAACGAGAGUUCACUGUUCGAUGUUUUUCAUAAACCCGACAAAAACCAACAUGGUCUCCAAUUAAACACGUGACCACUUAACUAAUAAAACAAAUCGGAAGUCCGUAAUGUUUAUCUUAUAUAAAGUUUACGAGUGUAUACUUUCAACACUCCUGCUCACUCGUAUAACUGUAUGUUCAUUUAUAACUAACUCCGAGCAUCUUUCUAAGUUUGGUAAACUGAACCACACUUAGUCCCUUAGUAAAAAUGUCAGCGAUCAUUUCUUCAGUGCUACAGUAUUCCAGUUUAACUGCAGCACUAGCAACAUGUUCUCGAAUAAAAUGAUACUUUAUAUCAAUGUGUUUUGCACGUCCAUGGUACUGUGCAUUCUUUGCCAUACAGAUUGCUGCUUGAUUAUCUUCAAGUAUCAACAUUGGACCGGUUGGCUUGCUCUUUAGAUCACUUAGAAGUUGUUGUAGCCAAACUGCUUCUUGGGUUGCACUUGCCAAUGCCAUGUAUUCUGCUUCAGCAGUCGAGAGAGCCACACAUGACUGUUUUUUGCUUCGCCAACUGAUAGCUGCGUUGCUUAUCUGGAAGACAUAUCCCGAAGUUGACUUUCUGUCAUCAAGAUCUCCAGCCCAGUCAGCGUCUGAAUACUCAACACAUGAAGUCGUUGUCUUGCUUCCAUCAUAAAGUAAACCCAUAUCUCGAGUUCCAUUCAGAUAACGCAUGAUACGUUUAACAGCAAUCCAAUGCUCCUCCGUUGGAUGAGCACUGAACCUUGCUACAUCGCUUACGGCAUAUGCGAUGUCUGGUCUUGUUUUCGUGGACAGAUAAAGUAGAUGUCCAACGGCACACUGGUAGUUAACUUGGUCCACUCGUUGACUGUCGUCUGCUGCCUUCUUCAGUUUUGUCCCAGGGUUAACAGGUGUGCUUGCUGGUUUCGAACUUUCCAUGCCAAAUCUUUCCAACACACUCUUCGUGUACGCUUCUUGGCCAAUCCAAAUUUCUUUUGAAUCUGGUUUCUGGAUAACUUUCACACCCAGGAAGUAGUGUAGUUGACCCAUAUCUUUCAUUUGAAAUUGCUCAGCGAGUGCUUGCUUCACUUCGUUGAUUUUCUGAUCAUUCUUUCCGGCCAGGAGAAUAUCAUCAACAUACACAGCAAUAAUGAAUAUCUCUCCACCUUCUUCCUUUACAUAGAUACAUGGAUCACCGGUGGUUUGUACAAAGCCCAUAUUCUUCAAUUUUCUGUCGAGAACAGAGUUCCAACAACGUGGAGACUGUUUAAGGCCAUAUAUACUUCGACGUAACCUGCAGACCAGGUGUUCUUUUCCCUUCUCAAUGAAACCUUCCGGUUGUUUCAUGUAGACUUCUUCUUUGAGAUCUCCAUUCAGAAAUGCUGUUGUGACGUCCAUUUGAUGAAGCUUUAAACCAUGCUGUGCAGCUAACGCAAUAACUGUUCGAACUGAUUCAAACCUAGCUACAGGUGAAAAUGUUUCAUCAUAGUCGUCACCAAAUGUUUGACUGAAACCUUGAGCUACGAGCCGGGCCUUGUGUGUUUCAACUGUUCCGUCCGCAUCUGUUUUAACUCGAAAUACCCACUUGCUGCCAACGGCUUUACGAUUCUCAGGCAGUUCAACUAGGUUCCAUACUUCGUUAGUUUUAAGGGAUUCCAUUUCUUUUUCCAUUGCUUUCACCCAUUUUGCCUUUUGUGGACUUGACAAAGCCUCUUUCACGGUCCUUGGCUCGUUUUUAUCAUGAUUUGCAGCUGUUGCCCACUCUCCAUAGUAGGCAGGUGGUCUUCGAUCUCUUUCUGACCUCCUCGUAACUUGAGGCUCAGGCUCUUCGUUUACAACAGGCUCUUCGACAUCAAUGGGCUCUUCAAACUCAAGUUCCACAAGUGUGUUUUGCUUUGGCUCUUGUACUUUCACAACUUCAGGUUCUUGUGAAGAUUCAUUAAACUGGACAUCACGACUGUGAAAGACUCUUGCACGAUUUGGAUCAUAAAGACGAUAGCCCUUCGUUUCAGUGCCAUAACCAAGAAGAAUACAUUUUCUGGCUUUCGAGUCAAGUUUCUUUCUUUCGUCCUUUGGCACAUGAGCAUACGCUUCGCAUCCAAACACUCGUAGAUGCUUCACAUUAGGUUUCUGACUUGUCCAGGCUUCAAAAGGAGUCUUUCCUUUGACUGCAACUGAGGGACUUCUGUUUCUAAGAUAAACAGCAGUUGAGAGUGUUUCAGCCCAGAACUUGUGCGGGAGUUUAGCAUCUGCUAACAUGGAUCUCACCGAUUCCACCAGGGUCCGGUUCAUCCUUUCAGCGACUCCAUUUUGUUCCGGUGUCUUGGGCACAGUUAAUUGGUGUGUUACCCCUUCUUUCUUCAGAUAAUUCUCAAACUCUGUCGAGGUGUACUCCCCCCCGUUGUCUGUGCGGAAGACUUUAACCUUUCUGCCAGAGGAUUUCUCGACUAAGGCUUUCCACUCCAAGAAUUUUCCAAAGACUUCGUCUUUGUGUUUCAAGACAUAAACCCAUACAUAGUGAGUGUGAUCAUCGAUAAAUGUCAGAAAGUACUCAGUUCCACUAAGCGAUUUUGCACUCAUUUUACCACAUACAUCACUGUGUACCAAAUCAAGGGGCAUUUUAGCACGUUGACUUUCGUUGACUGGGAAUUUACUUCGAUGAUGCUUUCCCUCUGCACAAGAUUCACAGAAAUCAAUGUCCUUUGAUUUGUCAUAGUCAUAGCCAUCAACCAGGUUUUCUUUUGCCAACUUUUGGAGGUUUUGAACACCGAGAUGUCCAAAUCGCUUGUGCCAGGUGACCUCUUUGCUUCCCAUGCUUGAAUAUCCUACAGUAGGGUUUGCUUGAUGACUGUUCGUGCAAUUCAGGUAAUACAGGUUUCCUACUCUUUUAGCAGUGGCAAUCAGCUUCUGACUUUCAUCAAGAAUGCGACAUCCAUCUUCAUUAAACUUCACAGUCUUUCCAGACUUUGUAGCUUUAGACACGCUCACUAGGUUAUACGAUAAGCUUGGAACAUAAAGAACAUCUUGCAGUACACAACUCUUUCCCUUUUGGCCAUUUGGAGACUCUAUUUUUGUUUUAACGACUCCCCGUCCAGUUGCUUUGACAACAUGACCAUCUCCAAGAGUAACAUCUUCAGGCUUUUCCAAGUUAUGCAAUUUCACAAACUGACUCAUAUCAUACUUAUCAUUGCACAUAUGACAAGUUGCUCCAGAAUCAAUUAUCCAUGUAUUUGUUCUCCCGUUUACAGAACUAAAUGCAUGAUUCACCAUCAAUCCCACUUCAUCACUAUCUGAGCUGCUGUCUGUUCGUCUGGAUUUGGCUGCAGUGUUAGCUUUAUGUUUGUUGUCAAUACCCUCAUUAAACUCACUUUUAUCCCCAUCAUGUUUUAGACUAUUCAGUUCUCGACAGUUUCGUUUAAUGUGUCCAAACUUUCCACAAUGGUAACAUUUGGGACCCUUGCCUUUAGACUGUCUGUUCGCAAACAUAGCUUUCAUUUCAUCAUUAGUCUCAGACCCACUUCUCUCCUUCAUUUUUCGUUCUUCGUGCAACAAACGUUCGGUCACAGUUUCUAUUUUAGGAACUUCAACAUUUGCCUCCAACGCCGUAACCAGUAUAUCAUAUGACUCAGGUAAACUUGCUAACAAAUGAACAACUCGAUCCUCUUCCGUUAUAGGGUCAUCGAUGACCGCUAAUCCAUCAAAUAUCUCAGUCAUUUCUUUGAUGUGUUUCUGAAUUGAUUCACCGUCUUUUAACCGCAAUGAAUAGAGUUUACGACGUAGUGCCAACUUAUUUGCCCACGUUUUCUUUUGUAAUUGAUUGGUCAAUUUCUCCCAAACCACAGCAGGGUCUUGUGGAUCUCCAAGGAGAUACAACAACGACGGAUCGACCGACAGAACAAUUGUUGCCAAGGCACGAUCUCUCCUCGCAACAAACUUUGCUAAAUCUUCGGCUUUAUCUGGACUUGGCGACACUUCAGUUUUGGCCACAAUUCCCCAUACACCAUCUCUCAUAAGUGCCAUUCGACAUUGAACUUUCCAAGUGGGGAAAUUUUUGCCAUUCAACGGAAUUAUACUCGUCGUUUUUACGUCCAAACCUGACGCCAUAUUUACAAUACCAAAUAUAUUUCCAAUUUUCGAUCACGAAAAACUUUGUUUUACCUCUUUAUUUUGCUUAUUUUGCUUCGUUGUUUACCUCCUACGCAUACGUGACUGGGCCCAUAACCUUUUGAAAUGAUUUAUUUUAAAAGAAUAUAAAAACUAUUUGUUAACAAAGCAAUAUCAACGAGAGUUCACUGUUCGAUGUUUUUCAUAAACCCGACAAAAACCAACAUGGUCUCCAAUUAAACACGUGACCACUUAACUAAUAAAACAAAUCGGAAGUCCGUAAUGUUUAUCUUAUAUAAAGUUUACGAGUGUAUACUUUCAACAUACUUGUCCAAUUGCCUAUUUUAUACAAAAAAACAACAAAAAAAAGAACCCAAAAAAUGACUGUAUUCAAUAGAUUAAUAUUUAUAACCCAUAUGUAGAUUGCGACAUGUGCCCAGCGUCUCCUAUCCCAGGGCUUUUGGGGUGAAGAAAAAAAGAACCCAAAAAAUGACUUGUAUUCAAUAGAUUAAUAUUUAUAGUCUUUAUAACCCAUAUGUAGAUUGCGACAUGUGCCCAGCGUCUCCCAUCCCAGGGCUUUUGGGGUGAAGAUCCUGGGUAUGUCGGUGAGCGCUCUGUUCAUUGUUAUUAAACGUUAGUUGAUGUUGCAUAAUCUCAUUAGCUUGCAAACUAUUUUUUGCUCUUCUUUAUGUGUGCAAACAAUUUAUUUGCACUUUUUGGUCUUUCCAAACAAUUUUUUAAAGAAUUUUCCAUCCCCUCCCCUCCAAAAAAAUAAUGGUCCGUCCCUAAAUAACGCUUUUUUUAUUGACUGGGAUUUCAAUAACUUGGACUGGGAUUUCUAAUAAAAAUCCAACUGGGACUGGGAUUUUGCCAAAAUUUCAGAUGGGAAAUGGGAUUGGGACCCCCUCUUUUAUCGAUUUCCUUUUAUUAAAAGUGUUAACAUAACAUUUUAUUUUGCAAAAGUUUGUUUUUUUCCUAUCUACUCCUUAUUAAAAUCGUGAAAAGCACUGGCUGGAGUUUCAGAUGCUCAUAUAUAAAAAACAAAGCAGCGAAUGAUAUAAAUUCCUCAAAAUAUAACUCUUGCAUAAAAAAACCAUGAAUACUUCUAUUAUAUGUAUAGUUUUUUCCCCUGCAUGGUCAAAAUUUAAUAAAAUAGUGAAUUAAUAUAAUUUUCUAUAGUUAUAGACUGAAUAUAUCGGCGUGACAUAAUUUGCCGCGUGUUUCCUCUCUGUGUAUCUCUCCUCUGUGACGCUGCUUUGACCAUCGACAGGACCGACAUUUGACAAUUGAGGGCAGUAAAUUUGCAUUUCCUGUUCCUGAAGUACUGCUAUUCUCGCCAACAAUAUCAGAAACAAUAUUUCGAACUAAUGUUUGUAAACCAUGUAUACCCUCGGGUGUUUGACGAGCGCUCGCCAUGCUUGAAAUCGCUUGAUAUAAGACCUCGAUUUAGUACGUUUUCGCGCCCUGAACAUACAGUAAAUUAAGGCCGGCGGAAGUAGCACGGCAAAAUAUUUUUUAUAAUUUAUAAAAGAAAAUAAAUUAUAAUUGUUGCAUCAUGGUUGCAUUCGAUCAUAGAAAUAAUAGAACUUAAAGGGGAAGUCAAGUCCGUUCUGCGCAUCGGUUCUGCGCAUAACAAUGUGAGGACCUCUAAUGUGAACAUUGCCCAAAUUUCGAAUUUUUCUGAACAUAAACUUUAUUUCAUAUUCAUUUAGAAGCAUAGCGAAUCAAAAUGGUGUUAGAUAUUCCGACAAUACAUCAUAUUUUAAAAAAUACAGCAGUUCAAAAUGUAAACAAACCGUUUGUUUACAUUACGGACUUGACUUCCCCUUUAAUAUUAGUCAAAUUUUAUCCCCAAACUACAAAUACAAAACGUUUUGACGAUGAAAACUUUAUACUUUUUAGCUUUGUUUAUAGUUGGUAGUUUGCACUCCCACUCAAGGCACUCAAAUUCAACAUGGCGGAUUUAUAAGGGCAUUUUUGUUUUCAAUUUUUUCUAGGUCUAAUAUUUCCAUGCAUUCGAUUCGACAUAAUUAUUUGCAUAAUUGUGAUGUAUUCAGUAUAUAUUAUAGACAUUAUAAAAAAUUAUCAUACUGGACGAAGAAAUGUUUUAGCAUUCGACUUCGGCGAUUUGUUUGUCGACUUCGACCAAUCGACCACGAAUUUCAACUUCCACUUCGACGAAUUUCAACUUCCACUUCAACAAAUUUCAACUGGACUUCGACGAAUUAGUUCUCGACUUUGACGAUUUAUGAAAAUGAUAUUUGCGUAAUGGAAAUGAUAUGUACAUGUUCGUAAUUUUGUCCCCUUCGGGCAAGCAUAGAUGUUGAAGUUUACAGCAUUGUGAUUCACUGGGUUUUGAAAGCAUCUGGAUUUUUUUGUUGGAAGCUCUAGGCUAACUCUUCAACAACUUAAUGACUGUUUUUAAAGCAAAGCAAUUGAAAGAAAAACUUAUAUUUUCAUACGAAGAAGAUGAGUGGCGAUAUUUAUGUUGGACUGUUUUGAGCAGAUGCUUCGAAGAACAUGAUAUGAUCGGACCUUGUAUCUUAAAAGUGUACUUGGAACAGCCGAACAAAGUGGUAAAUUUUGUUACCCGGUGUGUUGGACAUCAUAAUUCACAAGAAUAGUACACAUGCAGCGGCGUUUAAACUGGCCGAUAUUUUCCCAUCUUUCUUGCAUUAUAAAAUUGACAACAAAAUUGCAAAUUCUUACGCACUCCUCGAGUGCCUAUUUUUAUGGUGAUAUGUGAACAUGAAUAUACAGGGUGUAUCAAAAUAAACGCAAUUCAUCUUUUGUGCUUAAUAACUUUCGAAAUACUAUCUCUAGUUAAACGCUUUUAGGCUUACUUCAAAGCCUGUUCUUUUCUCUUUCAGACAAACUAUUAUCCUUGUCUCCAAUGCUAGUAAUAAUUGCACAGGAAAAGAUUUAGUUAAACCUAUCAUUUUUAGUUGCUGUUUAAUUAUGCAAGUUUACUAUGUUAUUGUUUAGUCGGUUUAAAUGUUAGAAUUUUCUUCUUUAAACUUUAAUGUUGUCGUCACUACAUCUGGAAAACCACGUAUAUAAGAACAAAUUAAAAGUAUUUUAAAAGAGACCAGGUUGUUUGAUAAUCCUAAACGAAUGCUAAAAAUCGUCAAAACAUUCUGCUGUCCGAGCCAGACAUUGCGAUGUAAUGUAAACAGAAAUUAUAGCAAGUUGAUGUCAGUCAGCUUAGAUGGUCCAAGCCAAAAUUAUAUCGCAUUUGAAGUUUCAAACUGAGUUAAAAAUAGUGGAAGAAAAGCCGUAAUUAUACUUAUUGUUACAAUCCAUUUAAUAAAAUGCAACAUUUUUUUGUUUUAAUGAAAAAAUCAGUUAUUUUCAUUUCAUUUCACGUUUAGUUAUUCCAUCUCAAUUUUUUUAAUCUCCAAUCGCAAUAACGUAAAGUAUUAUUACCUGCGAACCAAUGAGUCAAAUUUAAGAAACAACCCACUGUUAGAAAGCGGAAUGGCUACGCUUUAAAAUGAAUGUAAACUUUAACGUUUUCGUCUAUUAUUUGUUUAGCAAUUUACAUUUCAGUCGAGGAUUGCGCUUUUUUUAUACACCCUGUGCAGCCCCAAUUAUCGUGUCUAGCUACGGCGGCGGCUCUGGAUGCGAGGCUUCUAAAAUAUAAUAUAAAUAUAUAUCAGAAUUUUGUAAUUCUUCAAUCUUAAAGUGUAUAUGACAUGAAUUUUCUUAAAUGAAAAAAACUCUUUAAGCUCUGAUACUGUGAUACAAACCUUAACAAAAGUCCAUGCCGUACAACCAUAUUUCGGAUGUAAAUCUGAUUGGUCUAUGAGACAAGAGAUUUUGUAAGCUGUAGUGUAACUUAUUUUUCAGUUUCUUGUUUUUAUGGUUUGUUCCAGAGAUAUUUCAAUUUGUUUGAUAUGUAAAUGAGUGUGAAUAUGUCCGUUAAUUUAUGACGUCACGUUGGUUGCAAGCUCAAAUUACAAUGGUUAUAAAUCUAUUAACUCUAAAAAACUGUAGAUAUCAGUUUACGUUUUUCUCGAGUGUUUUAUCACAUUUCCAGUGAGUAAAGUUUGAAAUUAUCGUCUUGCACGAAUAGCAGUGAUAUUCAACCAUUUUGAGGAGCUUGCAACCAACAUGACGUCAUAAAUUAGCGGACAUAUUCACACUCAUUUACAUAUCAAAUAAAUUGAAAUAUCUCGGGAAGAAACCAUAAAAAAAAGAAGCUGAAAAAUAAGUUACACUACAGCUUAAAGAGUUCUUUCAUUCACAAAAAUAAGAAAUUUGAUAUCAUAUACACUUUAAAAUAUAGUGAACGUUGUUUGAUAUGCAAACAUCACACUUAAGACAUCACAUUGCAUCAUGAGGUUUCGGAAAACUCUCGUUUAUGAGUGAAACCGUGCCUUCAAUUAUUCUUAUUGUAUCAGUGCAUGUACACUAUAAUCAUAAUGGUUCUUAUAGGUUUGAUCUCGCAUUGCUUGCUUACUUCGCUAAGCUCAUGACGUGCCGUCAAAAAUUGCCGUCAAAAAACGGGCCUAUAAGAUUGGACAAAAAUAAGAAACUUCUGGUGAAGAUUGAGUUAAUAAUUAUAUUAUUUAUUAUACUUUUAGAUCAAUGUACCAAUGUUGUAAAAAAUUAUGCAUGAGUAAAGUUUCGUUGCAUGCAAUGGCACUUUUUAAAGUAGUAUUUAAAACACGAAGAGCGUUUUAUGAGAGUUUUAGUACUAUUUAAAGCACGCGUAGGAGUGUUUUAUCAGAUAUAAAACGCGAGGCACAGCCGAGCGUUUUAUAUCUGAUAAAACACGACUACAAGUGCUUUAAAUGGCUUAAAAACGACUCAUCUUAUAUGAGUUCAUUGGCGAAGUAAUUUUUAAAAUAAACUUUGUCUAAACCGAGAAAAUCAAAGCUAAAGUUUAUGUAAAUUAACAUGAUUUUUUAUCACAUAUAAAGAUACGACACGCUUAGUAUGAUUUUUCUUUGUGUUUUGCUCCUGAAUUAUUAAUGAGUUUUUUAAGGUAUGAUAAAACGCGAGUUCGAGUGUUUUGAAUUGCUUCAUUAAGUCAGAACAAUGCUUGAUGUAUAAAAUGCUAAUUAGCAGGAACUUUAUAUAAUCUUCGUAGGACAUUAUAUGAAUCUUCAUGCUGAUUAGUAUGCAUGGCUUUUAUCAGGUAUAAAAGUCUUGUACGUGGUUAAAUAGGACAAUUUGUUUUAUGAUUAAAGCUUUUUGUUAUAGAUCCAUGGAUUUUGUUUAAUUCUACUUUUACAAAAACAGGAAAACAAGCUUUAAAAGAAGAGAACGCAGUCGCUCGAGCCAACCAGAAAAUGCAAAACGAAGGUAACGCCUUCGAUAACGACUUUCGAAGAUGUAUGCUUGGACAGUGGGAAAAUGCUGGAAUUCUGGACAGGUUACCUGCAGAACUUUGUAGCUAUAAAUCAUGGUUCUGGACUGACUAUUAUAGCCAAUUGUGUUAUGGCCUAAAUGCAAAACGGCCUACGGCUCAGUUUAUCUCAUGUUACAACACUAAGGCAUUAAUACCGGAAUUUACAGCUCAUAUUGUGCCCGCUGGAACUUGGCCUGCUAAUGUACCCAAGCCUAAAAAGUAUACUGACUGGAGAAAAGAUAAUGGACCGCCGAAAUAUGGUAUGUCAGCUGCUUUAUAUGCUUAACAUAAUAUGAUUCAUAAAUAACAAUCUGUAUCAGUUACUGCAAUGAAAAAGUAAGGCAAAUCUAUUAAAAUAAAAUGGUGCCAAUACUAGACAUGUACUCUUUUACAAAAAUUAUUUAGUUGACCAAUUCAUUGAUUUGAUCUUCUUUAAGCACCGAAGAAACAGGCACUCGCCGGUGAUUUUGGUUCUAAUCAGCAAAUCACCGAUAAUCCUAGCUGGGACAACAAGAAUUACUUUUGCUCCAGAGGACAUCUAACUCCGAAGGGAGAUUUCAACAGCGAUGAUGAGAGAGACCUCACAUUCAUUGUUACUAACGCAGCUCCGCAGUGGCAAAAAUUUAAUGGCUAUAAUUGGGCCAGAAUGGAAGAGGUAGUGAAGGAUUGGGCAAAAGCAAAUACCAAGCAACUCUAUGUUUUUACCGGAACUGGUAGGUCUAAGAAAAUAGAGUCUUCUCAUAUUAACACAGAUAUUAUCUAAACUAGAAAUAUACAUGCAUGCAACACCCCCUCGCCUAUAUUCUCCAAUCAUUGUUUCAACAUGAAGUAUUCGCAAUUACGCCAACACUGAACGCAGGCUCGCGUUGCUCACGUCAUGUUAGUCAUGGCAACACGAUAUCACAGAAUAAGGUACACAAAAGGCCGACUUCUUGGUUUUUCCUAUACAAUUACUUUAUGGUUUCCGUGUUUGGAUGGCCUGAUCCAAACACGCGGGAAUGUUGCGAGAGUUAAGAAAAGCGAGCGAAAUCACGAGCCGAAGGCGAGUGAUUUUGCCCGCUUUUCUUAACUCGAGCAACAUUCCCAAGUGUUUGGAUCAGUCCAUCCAAACACGGAAACCAUAAAGUAAUUGUUUUAUAAAAUAACAACAACAUGGUAGUCUUCCGUGUUUGGAUGGCCUGAUCCAAACACGGCUUUCGACCAAUCAGAAUACGCGUUAUAUACAUGUUAUUUUAUAAUAUGAUUUUCCUAUGAUUUUGGCGUAACCCGUAAAUCGUCAUCAAAUGCUGUCGCCAUGGUCCUAGCCAGUGCGCGUUUGAGAGGCAUUCACCCCCUGAUAUUAUUCAACAUGGGUGGACGUCCAGGGGGGGGGGAUGCCUCUCAAACGCGCACUAGCUAGGACCAUGGCGUCAGCAUGGCGUGGCAGCGGUUACUCGAGUCGACCUUCUGUGUGCCUUAUUCUGUGACGAUAUGACGAUAAUUGUUUUUUAAAUUUUUUGUACAAACCUGCAAAAAUAGAUGAAACUUGCACACUUUUAAAUACAGAACUAUCAAUUUCUAAAAUAUAUGGAAAUUUUGCACUUUACCGUGCCGGAGUAAUCACUGAAUACAUGCAUACGCCAUCAAGACACGCCAAUAAAAGAACGGAAAAACAUUCAGAACAUACGCCAUCAAAUACUUGCGGUACGGUAUUAAAAGUAUAAAGUAGGUAUAUUAUUUUGGUUUCAUAUUUUAAUGUAAAUUUCGAAACGUAACUCUACGUAUUAAAACGUUUUUAAAUGUGAAUUGAAAUUAACGGUUUUUUGCAUAGGCAGUCCACUGAACGGCUGAAUUUAAAUUAAAACUGCAGUGAAAUUAUAAAUUUAACGAAAAUAAUCACAAAUUUAGCGAAAUAUAUUGCGAAAUGUAGCUUAUAUUAUUAAAAUCUCAACCCGAUUGCACUAUCGAGUAUCGGCGAACUGACGUCAGUAUAGUUCUUAUAAAGUAUACUUAAGGUUGGCAAGGUGUUUGAACUGUUUGAACUACACACAGAUAUAAUAUCUGUAGUAUUUUAAAAAGCAGAAAGAAAGUAGCCCUAAAAACAACAUAAAUAUAAACAAGGAUAAUUUUACUAACCUGUCUGUAACGUUUUUUUUUGUCAAAGUACAGCUUUAAAUGUUGAUAAAUUUACGAAAGUUUACGGUGUUUUGUGGAUUUGUCUCUGUGACCAUAGCAGCCCAAAACGGCGUGUAGAAUCUGGUAGAAUGCACCAAAUGCUUCCAAAUGUCAAUUUCAUUCACACAGAGCCCUUCUUAAGGCCUGAUUCCACGAGCGCUUUUUCUCGGCGAAAUGCGAAAUAUUUCGCCUGUUUCUUUUGAAUUGCGACUACUCGAAUAAAUUAUUUCUACUUGAUUGAUCACAAUUCAAAAGAAACAGGCGAAAUAUUGCGCAUUUCGCCAAGAAAAAGCGCCCGUGGAAUCAGGCCUUUACGCGCGGUGCGACGAGGGGCUCUGGCCAAAUCCAAAACCGGAUACCAUAAAAACAUGGUAAAAGAAUAUAUCCGGUAUUAGAACAAUAACCUUUGUUGUAGCCAAUCAGAUGCCAGUUUGAUAUGGAUUUGGCCCGAGCCCCUCGUCGCGCUCCAUUCACCGAAGAAGGGCUCUGGGAGUCUGUGUACGAGAAUGAUGUCAAUUUAUAUUAAGCUCGCCCCAUUCCUCUGCCAUUUGUCGCGCUCCGCAAGCACUCAAUGAAAAGCAUUGUUCAUGUUAUAUGUAAACAACGAGUUUGAGUGUUUCAUCAGGGGAUCCAAACACGAGAAAACUGUAUGAAACACGAGCGCGAAGCGCGAGUGUUUUAUUGUUUUCGAGUGUUUGGUCCCCUGAUGAAACACGAGAAACGAGUUGUUUAGACAACAUCUCAAACGAAAACAUUUCAUUGGCUUAUAUAUAUUAUUAUAGUAUAUUGUUGUGUUUUGACUUGAAUUUGUAAUUAGGAUCUCAGUUAUUAGAUGAAAACCGUUUUUCAUCUAACAACAGUGAUGGUAUAUGAUUUUUAGCGUGUUUCCUUGCGGUAUCCAACCUCAAUCAUGUGACGAAUUAGGGUGAGUUCAUUCGCUAAUUUGCUCAUGAAUUAUUAAUGAGUUUGAUAUAUAUAUAGAAUAUCCCUAAGGUUGGCAACUAUAUCUCAACUGGCGAAUACACGACUUCGGCAAAACGCAAAUAAUUCGCAACGUAAAUAAAACAUGAUAAAAAAUUAUAGCACAUCUGAUAAUUUUUCUAUAUACCCGCACAUAAAUUUUGUUUUCAACUCUGCAAGAAAGCUGAAAAAUUUGCACAAACAUUUCAUGGUCUGGCGAAAAUUUUGUUGUCUCCAUGCCGGAUGCUAGAGGUUAUUUCAUUCGUCAUAUAUUCAAAAAAAAUAUGUGAUUCAAUGGUUGAAAAAGUAAACAGUUCAGUUGUGACGUAUUUAUAGUAAAAGUUUGGUUUCAAGGGGGGGGGGGGGUUGAACUACAACAGGAAGACUGCUAAAAUGCAAGAGCGAUGAAAUGGUGGAUUUUAACAACUUUUUACAUCCAUCCUUAACUUUCAUCUACAGCAAAACAACCAGGCAACUUUUGGGUACAUGUACACGUAAUGUCAUAAAAUUCUGAGCAAUAAUGGAGAAGAAAAGAUUCAUAAUCUGUUAUUAUAAUUAAUAACAAUAACGUUUAAUAUCAGUUUGCAUGAGUUUAGUAUAAUUCCGGCGCGCGAGUCCCUAUACUGAGCGUUAAAUUAGUACUGAUAUGAAUGAACAUGCAUAUUUCAGAUAUUCAUACAACUGAACAGUUACUUUUGUCUUGAAGAAGGAGGAAUGAACAUAUAUAUUUGGAAGAACAUUACGCUGUAAUAUUUUGCGUGAUUUAAUAUAUUCAUCAUUUAUAAUGACAAUUAUACGCUGCAAGCUAAUAUUUUGCUUGACUAAUAUAAUUCCUGACGAGACAAUACUAUAAAAUUAUUAUAUACAGUAAUGUUUUAGUUAUAAUUAGCGCGCUAUUAUACGUUGAAUUAGAUUUUUAAAGUAAUAAAGAACGAGGCAUGAACAUGCAUGUAUACAUUUCAGAUAUUCAUACAACUGAAGAAUUACUUUUGUCUUGAAGAGGAGGAAUGAACAUAUAGCCAU